GGCUGCCGUAGUUCGCGUUUUCCUGUGGGCGCCCGGCGGUCAUGGCGGCCGUUCGGAAACCAGUGCUGCUCGGGCUUCGAGACACGGCAGUGUACGGCAGCCCCACGGGGCCGGACGCCUGGACUGCUAGCAAGCUGGGCGGCGUUCCGGAUGCUCUGCCCGCCGUAGCGGCGCCGAGGCCGCGGUGCGAACGCUGCGGGCAGCCCCUCGCCCUGGUCGUGCAGGUGUACUGCCCGCUGGAAGCCUCCCCGUUUCAUCGGCUGCUGCACGUGUUCGCUUGCGCCUGCCCCACCUGCGGCGACGGCGGGGCGCGCAGCUGGAAGGUGUUCCGCUCCCAGUGCCUGCAGGUGCGAGAGAAAGAGGCACAGGACGCUCAGAAACAGGAGAGUGGCUUUGCAGCUGAGGACUGGUGUGAAGGUGCCGAUGACUGGGGAAGUGACAUUGAGGAGGUGCCUUCACCACAGCUUACCUUGGAUUCUGGAAAUGAUUCUAACGGUGCCAAAGAUGUAGACUGGACUGCUCAGCUCCAGCACCUCCACCUGCAAGAUGCUGUCCGGGAUGCUGCUCAUCCUGUACCUCCUGGGGAACAGAUGGCCUUGUCCACUGUGGUGCCACAGUUCCUGCCCUACUACAUCUGUGUUGCAGAUGAGGACGAUUACAGGGACUUUGUCAGUCUGGAUCAUGCCCACAGCCUGCUGAGGGACUAUCAACAGAGGGAAGGAAUUGCCAUGGAACAGUUGCUUUCCCAAAGGUGA